GUAGAAUAGUCAAAAUCUCUUAUAGGCUUUAUAGAAGUUUUAAUUUGUGGUUAAUACCAUCUUACGAUAAGUCACAAGUGAUAAUUGAGAAAUAGAAUUAAAUUAUUUCAUCAUUAGGGGAAGUUUUGAUUGUAGGCUUAAUUUUAACAGAAAAAUAUAAAAGAAUUUGAUUGACCAAUAGUCAUUCAGAUUACCACGUCUUUACCGGAAAACUGGUAAUUUUGCAAAGUAUCCAGCAUGGUUGAAGAACGAAUUUCUCUUCUUAAAAGUAUUGGCUUAACUGAAACUAAAGCCAAAGAAACUCUUCAAAAUGAAACUGUAACCUCUAAUCUAAUAUCCAUUAUAACAGAGGCAAAAAACUUAUCCGGCAAGGAUGGCUUUAGUAAACAACAAGGAAAUAUUUUGUACGCCAUUGGGACCAGAAUGAAGGAACAAAUAACUAAACACCGGUCCAUGCUUGUUAAGUAUGUCGUGGAGGACAAAAUAGCUAGCGAUUUACAAUUUACUUCCGCUCUUGACUUUUUAAUGGACAACGUGGCAGGUACCUUCGACAUUAAACAAUUCGAAGAAGCAACUGGUGUUGGUGUUCAAGUAACAGGCGAAGAAAUUGAAGAAGUAGUAGAAGACGUUUUGAAGAAGAACCACGAUGAACUCUUAGAAAAGAGAUAUCAAUUUAAUACUGGAAUGCUGAUUAGAGAGGUUCGCGAUCGUCUUAAAUGGGCUGACGCAAAAAUUGUCAAAAGUGAAAUUGAAAUUCAACUUUUGCACUUACUUGGUCCCAAGACAGAGGAAGAUCUUAAAAAAGGAAAAACGAAAGUGAAGGCUAAGGUUGUUGGCACCGAAAAGGAUAAAAAACCAAUUUCUAAACCUGCUUCGGAAGAAAAUGACACUGGAGUAGAUUCCAAGGGAAAUGUCAAAAGUUUCUCGGAAAUGGCAGGGGCUGCUUUACAUUUCCAUAAAGUAGGCGAAAACUAUAAAACUGAUGGUUAUACUGUAACUCCUGAAAUCAUGCAACGUCUAAAAGAACAUUUUAAAAGAAUUAAUGGACAGGUCAGAACACGAUUUCCUCCUGAACCUAAUGGAAUCCUUCACAUUGGUCAUGCUAAAGCUAUAAACUUCAACUUUGGUUAUGCAAAAGCCCAUAAUGGUAUAACAUUUUUGCGAUACGACGACACCAAUCCAGAAAAAGAGGAGGAAAGGUUUUUUGUCGGCAUUAGGGAAAUGGUUGAAUGGUUAGGAUACAAACCUUACAAGAUUACACAUUCAUCUGACUACUUCGACGAAUUAUAUAAUUUAGCGAAGGUACUAAUUAAGAAAGGUCUUGCAUAUAUUUGCCACCAAACGGCGGACGAAUUGAAAGGUCACAAUCCACCACCAUCUCCCUGGCGAGAGCGACCUAUAGAGGAAUCGUUAGCCCUAUUUGAAGAUAUGAAAAAUGGUAAGAUUGAUGAAGGAAAAGCAACGUUGCGUAUGAAAAUGAUAAUGUUGGAUAGUAAACAGGACCCUGUUGCUUAUCGAAUUAAGUUCAGUCCUCACCAUCGAACAGGAGAUAAAUGGUGUAUAUAUCCAACAUAUGAUUACACCCACUGUCUCUGUGAUUCGAUAGAAGAUAUAACUCAUUCAUUAUGCACUAAGGAAUUCGAAGCACGCAGACCUUCUUACUAUUGGCUCUGUAACGCCGUAGAUGUUUAUUGCCCUGUACAAUGGGAAUAUGGAAGGUUAAACGUUAAUUAUACCGUAGUAUCAAAGAGAAAAAUUGGAAAAUUAAUUGAACAUGGAAUUGUACGCGACUGGGAUGAUCCUAGAUUAUUUACACUUACUGCUCUCAGGCGCAGAGGUAUACCCCCUGAAGCUAUAAAUUUAUUCUGUGCUAAAGUUGGGGUAACUGUUGCUCAAGUUUCUUUUGACCCUAUAAUGCUUGAUGUCUGUACAAGAAAUAUUCUAAAUGUUACUGCACCUCGUGCCAUGGCUACCUUAAAUCCACUGAAGGUCAACAUUUUGAACUUCCCUGCAAACCAUCCCCGAACAGUUAAAGUACCAAAUUUCCCAGCCGAUGAAUCCAAAGGAUAUCAUAAUAUUUCCAUAACUGAAGUCCUUUAUAUUGAGGAAGAAGACUUUCAAGAGAAAGAUGAUAAGAAUUUUAAAAGGCUCACUCCGAACCAGCCUGUUGGACUGAGACACUGCAAUUUCGUGAUGAACGUUGAAAAAGUUAAGAAAGGAAAAGAUGGAAAAAUUUGCGAACUUGAUGUUCGAAUUACUCCGGUUAGCGAAACGGCGAAACCUAAAGCCUUUAUUCAGUGGGUUUCUGAUCCUGAAAUAUGCCAAGUACGAAUUUAUGAAAGACUAUUUAAACAUAAGAAUCCUGAAGACCCUAGAGAAGUUCCCGGUGGAUUUGUAACUGAUUGUAACCUUGACUCCCUUAAGAUCAUUCCAAACGCUUAUAUCGAUAAAUCUGUCAAGAGUGCUAAAGUCUACGAUAAGUUCCAAUUUGAACGAUUAGGUUAUUUCAGCGUUGACACCGAUUCUGCAGAUGGAAAGCUAAUCUUCAACCUUACUGUCACUUUGAAAGAAGACUCUAAAAAAAAUCCGUAA